AUGAGCACCGCAAUUGGGACCAAUUUGCUCUCAGGAUCCAUUGAUGCAUCUCUUGCAGAAAUUGAUCUCAGGUCGCGAGACCCAGAUCGCCAACCAGAUGGCGAUAUCGUCAUCGGUCCUUUUGCGGUCCUCGACUUUACUUUCACUGCGCCCCAGCCUCUGGCCGUGUCUGAGGUAGUCAUGUCUCGGGAAGAUGAGUUGACUUCAACUGAGGCACUGCCUGCCGCGGAGCCGGCGGGCUCAAUCGUCGCGGAACAAAUACCGAAUCCCACCCCGGUGUCGAUAAUUGACUCUCUAUCACAGAUGGAUGACUUCCUACACUGGUCGGAUCUUUUGAGUUUCAGUCCAGACAACGCAGGUUUAACAACAUACCCGACGCUCAGCAUGCCAAAUGAUUUCUCUUUCGACUUAAGUAACGAGAUGGGACUGUUCCGAGACCCCCAAAAUGUCCAAGAAGAGCCCACGGUGAUCUUGAGUUCACAAAAAGCAUCAGAGGAGCUGGCCUCUACAACACAAGAUGUGUCGAAAGAUGCACAAUUCCUAUUGAAGCAUUUCCAAGACGUUGUCAUUCCUCAGAUUAUGGCGAUUCCGUUCGGACAGAAAUCUCCCUGGAAGAUUUUGAACCUGCCGGCGGCUGUCAUGGCAUUUGGCGACACGACUUUCCUUCGCACUGGCGACGUCAGUCAUGCUAGACUUGCCAAUCUGUACGGAAUUCUAGCCUGUUCCGCCAUUGACCUGGCUUUGAAACCACCCACCGAGAUGGUGGAAUCCGUGGAAUGUUGGCGCCGACUUGCCAACCAAACAUAUCAGUUGGCGAAGGAGCAUAUUCAACUAUCUCUCCAACAAGAAACCCAUGGCCCAAACAAGGCUAAAUACAAAGAUCAGCUGAUGGCUGUCAACAUCCUGACACAAUAUACGAUUCUGUCAGGGCAACAGCAACACGCAAGAUGUUUUCUGAUAGAUGCAGAACGACUUCUACGGUUGCGAGGGCUCUCUAAAAGACGGAUCUCAAAGAAAGCCCGUCUUUUGCACCACGUAUACACAUGGCUACGGAUUGUAGGUGAGAGUACAUUUGUCUUGCAUGACUACAGUCUCUCUUAUCCAUGCCUCGAGCCGCUUGGCCAGUCCUCAAGAUCCCAUGCAUCCAGAGAGAGUACCUCGAAUGCGGUAGUUCCGGUUGAACCAAAUCAUCACCUUGACGACUUCCUCCGGCUAGAAAGCCAAAACUCAGACAAUGAUCUCAACAUCGACGAAACAAAAGAUCGCGGGAAAGGGUUCCACGAUAUUCACUUGCAUGACUCUCGUAGCUUUCCCGAGACUCUGUACAAACAGAUUUACGGCAUUCCCGAAACAUGGUUAAGUCUUGUAUCGCAGACUACAAGGCUGGCCAACGUCAUCGCGACCUUCGCAGUUGCACGCAAAGCAGGGAAGAAGGUAAGCCUCGAAGCGUGGGAAACACUUCAACGCCGCGCCUAUAGGUUAGAAAAUAUGAUCUGUUCGUUUAAUCUAGGCCUUACAAGGGGCGCUCAGAUGGAUCUACAGGCUGUUUCCAAGCCUCACGCCUACAUUCUGGAUGCACUGAAUGGAGCCCUUCUAAUAUUCUUCUACCGCCGAAUCCGCGAUGCCCACCCAGUUGUCGUACAAGGGCAUGUUGACAGCGUCAUCAUGGCACUGGAAGAAUGCAGUGCUUCCAUGUCGCAAAAUGACUCAACAGGUCCCGAAGAGGAGCAAUUAUGCGUUGGCUGGACCAUGAAAGCUCAAUUUCUGGGUAUACUUCGUACGUAA